AUGGAGCAGGGUGCAUCCAUGGGAUCCUACACAGGCUUUGAUGAAAGUUGGUCACCAAGACUGGUGAAUGGGAGAAACCGCUGUGAUGGUCAAGUUGAGGUUUACUACAAGGGAAGCUGGGGCAGAGUGCAGGACACCCUGUGGGAUCUGAAUGCUGCUCAUGUUGUGUGCAGGCAGCUGGGAUGCGGUUAUGCCUUAGAAACGCAGAACUCUUCUAACUACGGGGUGAGUGAUGAACGUCCGUGGGUGCAUAGUAUCCAGUGUCAUGGACAGGAAUCACAGCUCCGGGACUGCAAUAUCGCCAACCCUUUGAACUCGUCUGUCACUGACAGCGGUGGCGUUGGCAUCCUCUGUUCAGAACACAAGGAGAUGCGGCUGGUGAAUGGAAAGCAUCGGUGUGAGGGGAGAGUGGAAGUGUUCUACAAUGACGCCUGGGGAACGGUGUGUUCCGAAAAUCUGGAUUUCCACGAUGGGGAAGUGAUUUGUAAGCAGUUGGAGUGCGGUGCUCUCCACUACGUUGAUUAUUAUACUCAGUUAUUCGGAGCAGGAACGGGACCUAUUUGGCUCGAUGACGUGGAGUGCCUGUCACACGAGCCAACCCUGUGGCAAUGUAAGAGAAAUCCGUGGGGUCAACACAACUGCGAACACAGGGAAGAUGCAGGUGUUGUUUGUUCAGAUUCGCAACACAGCGUGAGCCUGGUUGGAGGAAGCAGCAACUGUUCUGGGAGAGUGGAAAUCUUGUGCGAUAAAGGCUGGGGCACGUUGUGUGGUGAUUCCUGGGAUACAACUGAUGCCAAUGUUGUCUGCAGACAGCUGGGAUGUGGCUUUGCUGUAUCGGCCAGAGGAGGGCCCACUGUUUCUCAGGGUAAAGGCGUUACUUGGCAGAAUGACGUGAAGUGUAAGGGAAGCGAAUCCAACCUAUACGACUGCCUCUCCCAGGAACCAAUGCAAAGCGAGUGCAAUCACAAGGAAAUUGCCAGUGUGAUCUGUUCUGUUCCUCACUUUCAUGGUGCUGAUGCCAGAAUUCAAGAUCAGCGAAAGGAUGAAGUGCACUUCUCAGUCAUCAUUUGA